UCAUAAGUCCUGGAUCCACCUUUUAAGGUGGAACGGACAAUCCUAAUAAUAAAUAAAUACAUAAAUAAAUAUAGCCAGCUUCUGUUGGAGAAAUGCUACGCUUUCAGUUUGCACAUUUAUUCAAAUUCACCUGCAGGAUUUAUUGUCGGAAUCUGCAAACAAACAUGAACGACUUUGCAGUGCUGAACACCGGCCGAAAGAUGCCACUCGUCGGGUUAGGGACAUGGAAGAGUGAGCCUGGAAAGGUGAAACAGGCAGUCGUAUGGGCACUUCAGGCCGGAUAUAGGCACAUCGACUGCGCUGCCAUUUAUGGAAACGAAUCAGAAAUCGGAGAAGCCUUUCAGGAGAUGCUGGGGCCUGACAAAGCCUUGAAACGAGAAGACGUGUUCGUGACAUCCAAACUGUGGAACACGAAGCACCAUCCUGAGGACGUGGAGCCAGCACUGCUCAACAGCUUGAAAGAGCUGAAGCUGGAGUACCUGGACCUCUACCUCAUUCACUGGCCUUAUGCCUUCCAGCGGGGGGAUACAGCUUUCCCCAGACAGGAAGAUGGGACCUUACUGUAUGAUGACAUUGACUACAAGGUGACAUGGGCUGCCAUGGAAAAACUCGUGGAAAAGGGACUCGUGAGAGCUAUCGGGCUCUCGAACUUCAACAGCAGACAGAUUAAUGAUGUCCUGUCCAUGGCCAACAUAAAGCCUACUGUAUUACAGGUAGAAGGUCAUCCUUAUCUAGCCCAGGUGGAGCUUCUUGCUCACUGCAGGGAGAGGGGCUUAGUGAUGACUGCCUACAGUCCGCUUGGCUCUCCAGAUCGUGCCUGGAAGAGACCAGAUGAGCCAGUUGUCUUAGAGGAGCCAGUCAUUGCAGCUCUAGCCAAGAAAUACAACAAAUCUCUUGCACAAAUUAUAAUCAGGUGGCAGACCCAGCGAGGGGUCGUGACUAUCCCAAAGAGUGUUACAGAGUCUCGCAUCAAAGAAAACAUACAGGUUUUUGACUUCACUCUGGAGCCGGAUGAAAUGGACAGUGUGACAGCAUUGAACAAAGGCUGGAGAUACAUCGUGCCAACUAUAACUGUUGAUGGCAAGCCUGUACUGAGGGAUGCAGGACAUCCUCACUAUCCAUUUAAUGAUCCGUAUUAAUUGAUACAUUGUAUUGCAGGAUUAUGUGCCUUCCAAUCCACUUCACUGAAUGCCCCUCUGGUCUCAACCUGAGCCCUGUGGACCUUUCUGGCAAGCUUUAUUUUAAAAACAAUAAAAUGAACAGUGCAUCUCA